CCGAGCCAUCGGCCGCCGGCAUACCCUAGCCGUCGCCGCACCUAGCGGUGGCUACCUUGGCCCCUUCCACCGCCGCCCUCAACCGCCUGCGCCCGGAUUACGCGGAUGCGUCUCCACGUUUCACUUUCCGUUCCCUCUCUCUUGUCUCGAUUCGUCUCCAUUUGUCGGGGUUUCCUCGCAUUGUAAUUCGUUUUGCUGAUGUCUUGUUUGAUACCAGACGGAGGUUUCGACUGAUUAAUCGUCUAGGGUUACUGAGGGGGCUCUUGGGCAUUUGAUCGAUUACGUCGUGGUGCUCAUCGAGGUCAUUGAUGCAUCCAUUUGAGAAUGCAAUGGCUGUAGGAACAACAUAUUGAGAUUUAGGUACUUCCGCAUGGGCAACAUUAUCUUUUAUUUAAUGUUCUGAGCAAUGUCAAUCUGCGAGCAUAAUCUUGAUGAUGUGUUACAACCGGUCCAUGAAGAAGCUGUGAUUUCGUUUUGGCCAAGCAAUGAGUUUGUGGACUGUGGAGUCUUCCCAGGUCAAUGAUGAGAAGUUGGACUCGAUUGUGCCUCACAUGAUACCUGGGCAUUCAUUCAAUCACCUGCAGGGCAGUAGCCAUUCCCCACCCCCACGGUAGGCAACUCUGGUCAUGGAUUUUGUCAAACGGCGAAGGAUAGCUUCGUAUACUUGCAAAGAGGAGGAUCACGAAGAGGAAGAGGAAGAGGAGGGCUUGGACGCGAAGAGGAGGGAUUGGUCGUCCCUGACGGAGCCCCUGCUGCGGUCGGUGCUGCGGCGCCUCGACAGCCUCGAGGAUUUCUUCGCCUUCCGGGGCGUCUGCCGCAGCUGGCGAGAGCUCGCCGCCCCGACCCCGGACGCCCUCUCCGCCCAGCUCCCGCUCAUCCUCUUGACCCGCUUCCCUGCAUACACCGAGGCCUUCUACGACCUCGACCGCCGCCGCCUCUACCGUGCCCAGCUCCCAUGGCGCGUCCACUCUCGCCGAUCCGUCGCCUACGCCCACGGCCACCUCAUCACCGCCACCGAUCCCCCCAACUCCAAGCUUCUACUCUGGAACAUCUUCUCGGAGUCUCGCAUCCGCCUUCCCAAGGUUCCCGAGCCCUUCCGCCGCGUCCGCCUCUCCUCGCACCCGUCCGACCCCGCCCUCGACUGCAUCGUUGUCCUCUUCGCCAAGAGGAGCACCGUGCUGCAGUAUUGCCGCGUCGGGGACUCCCUCUGGACCAUCCGCGACUGGAGUAUGCUGAGGAUGGUUGACGACAUGAUCUUCUUCCGGGAUAACAGGCUCUACGCUCUAACCGCCACGAUGCAGCUCGUCGUCGUGGACCUCGCCGCCGAUCCAAAACUCUGGCUACUGGGCGACGGUGGCGGUAGAGCAGCGGAAGGGCAUCGGGAACGUUGGCUUGCCGAGUCAGGUGGGGAGUUGAUGGUUCUCUGCCACAGGUUCAGGGGUGGGUUCGAUGUUUGCCGCUGGGACUCGGGAAGUUGUAGCUGGGUAGAGGUGCUUGACUUGGGCGGAAGGACAGUAUUCCUUGGGUCAAUGGGGUUUGCCGGGUCGAUUGCCGCCGCUGGAUCGGGGAUAAGAGGGAACUGCAUUUAUUAUGUAAGCUACCGGAAAGAUGCGUGGUAUGUGUUCUCGUUGGAAGAGCAAUCCGUCGAGGUUGUCUACCCUGAUUCACCUGGUUUGCUCAGGGGCCAGUCUCCACUGGACCCUGUAUGGGUAUUCCCCAGCCUUUGUUAAAUUAUGAAUGCUCUGUUUGUGUUCGCAAGGUGUUCGGUGAAAUGCUUAGAUAAAGCUGUAGUUCUCAGUUAAAUUUAGAGUUCCGAUGUUUGUUGUCAUUUGUAGUCUUGAUGAUUCCUCGCUGCUUA